GGAAGGAGAUCGAAAAACUCGUAUUCCCAGAAUCCAUGGCUAUCUCACUCCAUUCGAUCCCUUCCCUCUCGCCAUCCUUCCGCGGCUUCAACCUCAAUCAUCCCUCCAUGCCUUGCUUCUCGAUUAGCCCUAAUCCUCCCCGGCACCCUUGCUUCUCCUGCCGCCCGGCGACGAUCUUUCCUCGGGCCGCCUCUUCUGGAAGCGCAUCUCUGGUUAGCACAUCUGAUAGCUUGACAAGUUCUUUGGGAAAAGUGGAAGUGUAUGAUUUGAAUGGAAAUGCGGUUCCUUUAUCUGAUCUGUGGAGAGAUCGGAAAGCUGUGGUUGCAUUUGCUCGUCAUUUUGGAUGUGUUUUGUGUCGUAAAAGAGCCGAUCUUCUUGCUUCUGAAAAGGAGGCGAUGGAUGCGGCAGGUGUUGCACUUGUUUUGAUUGGACCUGGUAGUGUUGAUCAGGCAAGGAAAUUUGUUGAACAAACCAAAUUCAAAGGAGAAGUUUAUGCUGAUCCAAAGUAUUCAUCAUAUAAUGCACUUAGUUUUGUUUCUGGAGUACUGAGCACAUUCACUCCCUCGGCGGGUUUGAAGAUUAUACAGUUAUACAUGGAAGGAUACAGGCAAGACUGGGACCUGUCAUUUGAAAAAGAAACCAGGACCAAAGGUGGCUGGCUGCAAGGAGGAAUACUUGUUGCUGGUCCUGGAAUUAAUAACAUCUCUUAUCUUCAUAAGGAUAAAGAAGCUGGGGAUGAUCCAGACAUCAAGGACAUUAUGAAAGCCUGUUGCUUAUAAUUAAUUUUUCUCACUUACUCCUUCAUAUGUAUCAUGUUAUUAUAAAUGUAAUAGUUUUUUUUUAAAAGAAAAUACUUCAUUGAUCCAAAGUGAUU